ACCCAGAGAGACACAGACACAGCCUCUCGUCCUGCUCCUGCUGCUGCUCCAUUCCUCGCCGGAGGAGGCUGAGCCCAGCUGGGCCUGCCGAGGGGCGGCGAUGGAUUCCUGAAGAUCCCCCCCUCCUCCCUCCCUCCCUCUCUUCCUCCUCCUCCUCUUUCCCUUUCCCCUUCGCUUCCUCCCUCCGCCUCGAGGAGGAGGAGGACCGGCCAGGGGAGGCGAUGCCUGGGGUGGCCAAGGAGGCAGACGACGUUGCCAUCGCCUCCUGCCCCUGAGCCCCGGCGGCGGCGGCGGCAGCAGCAGAAGGAGCAGAGCCAGAGGAAGAGGAGGAGGAGGAAGCAGAAGCCGAUCCCGGAGCCCGCGGCUUCCCCGGCGCCGAGGCUGGCCCUGCUUUGGCCAGCCCUGCUCCCAGCCCCUGCUCCUCUGCUCUCGGCCGGGAGGAGGAGGAGGAUGGACCUGAAGGCGGCGGAGGAGGAGGCGGAGGGCGGGCGGCCGGUGAGCCUGGAGGCGUUCGCCAGCAGCUCGACGCUGCACGGCCUGGCGCACAUCUUCUCCUACGAGCGUCUGUCGGUGAAGCGCGUCUUCUGGAGCCUGUGCUUCCUGGGCUCGCUGGCCCUGCUGCUCUUCGUCUGCCACGAGCGCAUCCAGCACUACUUCGGCUACCCGCAUGUCACCAAGCUGGACGAGGUGGCCACCACCCACAUGGCCUUCCCCGCCGUCACCCUCUGCAACCUCAACGAGUUCCGAUUCAGCCGCCUCACCAAGAACGACCUCUACCACGCCGGGGAGCUCCUGGCCCUCCUCAACAGCAGGUAUGAGAUCCCAGAUACUCAAAUGGCUGAUGAGAGGCAGCUGGAGAUCCUUCAGGAGAAAGCAAAUUUCCGCAGCUUCAAGCCCAAACCCUUCAACAUGCGGGAAUUUUCAGACCGAGCUGGCCACGACAUCCAGGAAAUGCUGCUCUCCUGCUUAUUCCGUGGGGAGCCAUGUGGACCGGAUGACUUUAAAGUGGUGUUCACACGCUAUGGAAAGUGCUACACAUUCAACUCAGGUCAGUCUGACAAGCCACCACUCAUAACCAUGAAAGGGGGGACUGGGAAUGGCUUGGAGAUCAUGCUGGACAUUCAACAGGAUGAGUAUCUUCCUGUCUGGGGAGAGACAGAUGAGACCUCAUUUGAAGCUGGGAUUAAAGUGCAGAUCCACAGCCAGGAUGAGCCACCUUUCAUUGACCAGCUGGGAUUUGGGGUGGCCCCCGGUUUCCAGACGUUUGUGUCCUGCCAGGAGCAACGGCUCCUCUAUCUUCCUCCACCCUGGGGCCAAUGCAAGUCUGUGACAAUGGAAUCCGAUUUCUAUGAUACCUACAGCAUCACAGCUUGCCGCAUAGACUGUGAAACUCGAUACUUGGUGGAGAACUGCAACUGUCGCAUGGUGCACAUGCCUGGUGAUGCUCCCUAUUGCACGCCUGAGCAGUACAAGGAGUGUGCAGACCCAGCCCUUGACUUUUUGGUGGAGAGGGACAGUGAAUACUGUGUGUGUGAGAUGCCUUGCAAUGUCACCCGCUAUGGCAAGGAGCUGUCCAUGGUCAAGAUCCCCAGCAAAGCGUCAGCCAAAUACCUGGCUAAGAAGUACAACAAGAGUGAACAGUACAUUGGGGAGAACAUCCUGGUACUGGACAUUUUCUUUGAGGCUCUGAAUUAUGAAACCAUUGAGCAGAAGAAAGCAUAUGAAGUGGCUGGACUUCUGGGUGAUAUUGGGGGACAGAUGGGGCUCUUCAUUGGAGCCAGUAUAUUAACGGUGCUUGAGCUAUUUGACUAUGCUUAUGAGGUGAUUAAAUUCCGUCUCUGUCGCCGUGGCAAGUGCCAGAAGAAACACAAAGGAAACAACAGUGACAAAGGUGUUGCCCUGAGCCUGGAUGAUGUGAAGCGCCAUAAUCCAUGCGAGAAUAUCAGAGGCCACCCAGCAGGCAUGACGUAUGCAGCCAACAUCCUACCUCAUCACCCGGCCCGGGGGACAUUCGAGGACUUUACCUGCUAAUUGACAACUGGAUGUACAACUAACACUACCAAAGGGAAGGGCCCAUGCUGAGCAGCCCUGGCCCAGCCCAGCCCAUGAACCUGCCAACUGACUUACCAGGGCUCCUAUCUCAGACUCCCAGGAGAGGCAACUGAAUCCAGCCCCUCCUCAACCACCCGCCACCCCAGGCCAAGGCCUUGAUACGCACAUGGAGUAAGCUGGACAGAGAGGAGGUUCUGGGCUUCCGGGCCCACUCCAGGCUUCUGCUCCUGUCCCAGUGAUGCCCUUGGACUUUUAACUCAACAGAAAAGCUGCCAGAAGAACCUUCUCAAAGGUCAUGCGGGAGUGAGGGCACAGCCUUCUUCAGUCCACACACACACAGAGAAAUCUUAACUGUCAAUUUGUCCCUCCUUCUAUCUCCAUCCUGCUCCAUGCCCAUACCAAGCCUUGUGUGGAGGCAGCCAUCUUGUGCAGAGGCCUCACUCUUUUAAUCUUGAUGCCACGAAGUACCUACAGGAGGACUAGCCAGGAUGUUCACCAUGUUGUUCCAUUUUGAGGAAUCCAUCCAUCUGUCCAAAGGAGGUGCUGCAUAAGUCCCCUUUCUUCCCCCUGCUCCACCCACUCACUGCCUGCCAACCCUUCUUGUGUUUUGUGGGAGGCCAUUCCAAGGUUUUCCCUGUAGCAAAACUAUGACUGAAUUGCAAGGGUGGUUUACGUAGGGCAGGUUAUCAUCUGCUUAUCUCAUCCAGCUAGCAGUUUGUCAUUUGGUUCAGCCCAGACUCUGCUCUGGGUCGGAGUCUUGUCUGUCCUCCAAUGCACCCAUUCCUACAAACACCCUGUCCCCCAGCAUGAGAGGCUGAUGAAUGACUAGUGGGUAAGCUGUUCCAAAAUUUAAAACAUCAGCAUUAUGAAGCUCUCUGUGGCCCCUCUGUGCAUGUUCCUAGAAGUUAUGUGAACAUUCUCAAGUAUUAAGGUUCAUAGAAAAGCCUGCCGUUUUUCAGGCUCCUCAGUCGAUGGGACACACCACCAGAUUGUUUUCGCAGGAAUCUGGCUUCAGGGUUCUGCAUCAACUAAAAAGAGAACAAAUCAGUCUGCCCUGCAUUUCACCUUGGGUUUCCUCUUUACAGUGGCAUGGCUACCUUUAGCUCAGUCCUGCAGGCAGAAACAAUCCACCGUUAUUCCUUUGGCUGUGCAGAAGUGUAGUGGGUAACCCAUAUCAGUUUCUGACUGCUGGCCUCAGGACAUGACACUUAAAAUAGCAGUGAGAACCUUUAGGACAGUGGUAAGGGUAUUUCUGCUUUUUGAUGUGGAGAAAAAUGUGUUACCCUUACAUUUCCGUAGACAGACAAAGCCUGUCCUACCUUUCAGCUAAAACCUUCUGGUGAGCAUAAGGAAAGUAAUUACCAACUGUCAAAACAACACAGAGGGUCUCCAGGCCAGAUGUAAGCUAAUUAGCUAUUGUAAAGCUAAUUAUGUAAUUGUCAGCAGACACCAAAAUAAAGAACAGCUCAGGGAAGUGUCUGUCUUGGAAGACAGGCCUUCUAGUUUCACUCUGAAGAAAUCCAAAAGUCCUAUUUUGAAACAUCCAUGUUACAACCUGAUUGUGACAUGGGGCAGUCACCAAGUUUGCUUUGGGGCCAACCAUUGCAUUAAAAAUUAAACCACAACAGAAGACUUCCUUCGGAAUGGAACUUUCACAGGCUGGGAAGAGUCGAGUUAAGGCAGAAUGGUUUGGGUUUCCUUUCAUAACAUUUGUUUCUGCCCUGGCCUGGUCUACCGUGCAUAAAGUCCACAGCUCCCAGCCUGAGUAAGAUGAAGAAGACAGGUUGGUGGUGAUACCAUGACAGAGCCAACCUCUUUUCAAAAAUGGCAGCUUUCUGCUACUCACCCUUACCCCUGAAUAAGCACUCUUUUAAAACCACAUUAAGAAUUGCUGUGGCUUAUACAACAGAAUUAUUCCAGCCACAUAAUCAAAUCAAAGGAGUAACCACCACCAUAUCUGGGUGAAGGUUUAUUCAGAUUUAUUUUGGCCAAAAACCUGAAGCGACCUUGUCUGCCAAGCUCUGUUCUGAGAGAAGGAAGGCACGUUUCAUCCCUCAGGAUGUUGUAUAUGUGUACAGCUGGAUAAGGAUGGGGAUUAAGGAGGCUUUAGUAGCCAGGGCUACUGAAGCAACCCUUCAGAUCAACUUUCAUGGCAGCAGCUGCUACUGAUAGAUAUCAUACGUUCUUCUGUUGUCAUUUUGAUAGCUCAGCUGGGGCUAUCCCACACCCUCAGCAACCUAAACAAGUGGAUCAACUCACAUUAUAAUAAAGCUGGGAAUGUGGACUGGCUGAGGGGAUGAAGCAAUGAUAUCUAGAUGAUCACUGUGGUAGGCUAGUGUAUGUCCAGCCUUGCCAAAUGGCAGAGAAUAUGAGUCUUAAGUGCUCUUUCCAUGCCUUAUGAGCCUGUGAGUGUUGAGAGAAAAGGCAAGCUCAACAUUCUCCUGAGAAUCAAUCAAGGGUCCCCAGGUCUUCAAACUGUCUGUUGAACUCUUUAGCCUGAUGAGUGUUUGAUGCCCUUUAAGGCAAGCUGCCAGAUGGGUUCUGCCCACAUACCCACACCAUUUUAAGAGACAACUAGUCUCCUUCCAGCCUUGGUCCCACAGCAUCUAGUGCCUGCCUCAGUCUCUGUCCCAGUUCAGCCUCAUCUCCCAACAUUCAGCUAGAUAUGCUGCUUAUGCAGCACCUGAGGCCAAAGUUCUCCUUAUCUUUAAGAGCUUUUGCAAUAAACUCUUGUUAUUUUUUUUAAAGCUUUAUUUUGAUCCUUAUUGGUCUGGGCAUCUUUAUUUAGAACAGGCAGUAGUUUGGUUUUGGCCUUCUGAAAAUAACCAGGCCCUAAUUUCCCAAAGAUGUUUUCUGCCAUGGCCAGUUGCCCUGUGCCCCCGGGGACCUUUCUAAAAAGUUCUUGGCUUUGAGGAUCCUCUUCCUCCUCCUCAUUUUUCUUUCAUUUUGGGGGCUUAUUUUUACUUUUCUCCUUGAAAGCUUUUGAAGAUAUGGAUCAAAUUUGACCUUCCCCCCAUUUGUUUGUCCAUUUUUACUAUUUCAUGCUCAUUUUGUAUUUCUUAUAUAUAAAAUAUGAUAUAUAUUAUUAUAUAUAUGUACAUAUAUAUAUAGAUAUAUACAUACCCACAUCUCUGUAUGCGCCAUGCCAGUGUAUAUAUCAUCUAGUAGAAUCAAAAGCCUUGAUAUUGUGCCAUUAUAAUUUUUUUUCCAACUACCGAUCUCUGAAUGCCUUCAAGUGUAUAAAGUGUUGAAUUCUCUCUGGUAUCUGUACUAUGUACACAUUUUCAUAGGAAGCACAAGAUGACAAAUGCAUUGUAUAUCAAAACUUGCUCCUCUUAACAAUGAUAUAAAGGAUGAUCUCGACCAUGGAGACUCA